AUGGAAUCAUAUGCUGAAAAAAGGGGAAAAGGGGUUGUUGAAAUGGUGAAUUUCUUGAAUUUUAAACAAGGUAAAGUUGUGAAAAUUGGGGAUCUUGUUUUUGGUAAUGUUUUUAAUGUUUUGGGGGAGAUUUGUUUUUCAAGAAAUAUGGUUAAGUUGGAAGAUGAGAGAGUUAUUGGUGAGAUGAAAGGGAAUAUUUGGAGGUUUAUGGAGUAUGGUACAACUCCAAUUUUAGCUGAUUUUUUUCCAAUUUUUGAUGGAGUUGUUGAUAUUCAAGGUAAAAAGAAGGCGGCAAAGAAGUGUCUUGAUAAUUUGUUUAAAAUUUGGGAAGGGAUAAUAAAGGAGAGAAGAGAAUCUUAUGUUGAAAAUAAUGGGGAUUUCUUGGAUUUAAUGCUUGCUAAUGGAUUUUCUGAUGAUCAAAUCAAUUACAUGCUUCUGGAAAUAUUUCCAGCAGGAACAGGAACAUUGACAUCCACAAUUGAGUGGGCAAUGGCUGAGCUAGUGAGGAACAAAGAAGUGAUGAAGAAACUCAACUCUGAACUUCAAAAUGGAUCAAUAAACUCAAACACCAUUCAAGAAUCAACAAUCUUUCAACUCCCUUAUCUAAAUGCUUGCAUUAAAGAAGUCUUAAGGCUACAUCCACCAAUAGCAUUUCUACCUCACUAUGCAAGUGAAACAUGUCAAGUUAUGAACUACACAAUCCCAAAAAGUUGUCUAGUUUUUGUGAAUCUUUGGGCAAUUGGACAUGAUCCAAACCUUUGGGAUGAUCCAUUUUCAUUCAAGCCAGAGAGAUUUUUGAACACAAAUAUUGAUUAUAAAGGUCAAGACUUCGAAUUCUUGCCAUUUGGUGCUGGAAGAAGAAUGUGUCCUGGCUUGCCCUUUGCUACAAAACAAAUGCAUUUGAUUUUGGCUUAUUUGGUUUAUCACUUUGAGUGGUCUCUUCCAAAUAAUGGUGAUCCUUUGAUGCUUGACAUGAAUGAACAAUAUGCUGUGCCAUUGCAGAGACAAAAGCCUUUGCUUCUUGUUCCUACUAGCAAGUGA